UUUGAUUUCCCAAAUUUUGCUUUUACGCCACUCCUUAUGAAAAAGCAUGUGCAGGCGCAUGCUCUGGGACUCUGCCACCAUAGCGCACGUUAUUCAAACCUACGCACAAUCUAGACAGUUCAACAAAGGGAAGCAGCUCCACGCCCAGUUAAUAUGCGCAGGUUACCCACUAAACACCUUCCUCACCAACCACCUCCUCAACAUGUACUCCAAAUGUGGUGAACUCGAUCUUGCUCUGAAACUGUUCGACACAAUGCCUCACAGAAAUAUGGUUUCUUGGACAGCAAUGAUCACUGGAUUUUCUCAAAACAAGAGGUUUACAGAGGCAUUAGAGAUAUUUUGCCUAAUGCGGAAUGCCUGUGAAAGCCCGACUCAGUUUGCAUUUUCGAGUGUUGUUCGCGCUGGUGCUGCUCUUGGGUGGAUUGAGUUUGGGAGGCAAAUGCAUUGCCUCUCGUUGAAAUGUAGCUUUAGUUAUGAAUUGUUUGUGGGGAGUAAUUUAGCAGACAUGUAUUCAAAGUGUGGUUCAAUGGUUGAAGCUUGUAAAGUUUUUGAGGAGAUGCCUUGUAAGGAUGAGGUGUCAUGGACCGCAAUGAUUGAUGGUUAUGCAAAAAAUGGUGAUUUUGAGGAAGCUUUAUUAGCUUAUAAGAGGAUGAUUAAUGAUGGACUUGUGAUUGAUCAGCAUGUUCUUUGCAGUACUUUAAAUGCUUGCGGGGCACUUAAGGCUUGUAAGUUCGGGAAGGUAUUACAUUCGAGUGUUGUGAAGUUGGGAAUUGAAUUGGAUACUGCUGUAGGGAAUGCCCUUACGAAUGUUUAUUUGAAAGUGGGAGAUAUGGAAAAUGCUUUGAAUGUGUUUGGGACUGAACCUGAGGGUAGAAAUGUUGUGUCUUAUACUUCCUUCAUUAAUGGGUAUGUUGAGGCAAAUCAGAUUGAGAAGGCAUUUGAUGUUUUUUCUGAGCUGCGGAUGCAUGAAAUUGAACCUAAUGAGUAUACUUUCUCUAGCUUGAUCAAGGCGUGUGCUAACCAGGCUGCCCUUGAACAAGGAAUCCAGCUCCAUGCCCAAGUGUUUAAAUUUAAUAUGGACUCUGAGCCUUAUGUUUCUUCAAUUCUUGUUGACAUGUAUGGUAAAUGUGGCUUACUUGAUGAUUCAAUCAGGGUCUUUGAGGAGAUUGGGGACCCAACUGAAAUUGCAUGGAAUUCUUUGGUGAGUGUGUUUGCUCAGCAUGGUUUAGGUAAAGAUGCCAUAGAAACUUUUGAUAGGAUGAUUCAAAAUGGGUUGAAACCAAAUGGAAUAACGUUUGUCAGUCUUUUAACAGCAUGUAGCCAUGCUGGACUAGCAGAUGAAGGGUUGAAAUACUUCCAUUCCAUGGAGAAGAUUUAUGGUGUAGUGCCUAGAGAAGAACAUUAUUCCUGUGUGAUCGAUUUACUUGGCCGAUCUGGGAAACUUAAGGAAGCUGAAGAAUUUAUCAACACCAUGCCAAUUGAACCAAAUGCUUUUGGAUGGUGUUCAUUCCUUGGGGCUUGCAGGACUUAUGGUGACAAGGAGAGGGGCAAACUUGCAGCAGAGAAACUGAUGAAACUUGAACCUGAAAAUAGCGGGGCUCAUGUUUUGCUUUCAAAUAUAUAUGCAAAGCAAAGGCAAUGGGAAGACGUAAGGAGUUUAAGGAAGAUGAUGAGAGAUGACAAUGUGAAGAAAUUACCGGGUUAUAGUUGGGUUGAUGUUGGAAACAAAACCCAUAUCUUUGGAGCUGAAGACUGGGCCCAUCCUCGAAAGAAGGAAAUAUAUGAAAAGCUUGACAGUCUAUUCGAUCAGAUUAGAAAAGCUGGAUAUGUUCCUUACACAGAUUCUAUUCCAUUUGAUAUGGAUAAAAGUUUAAAAGAGAAAAUUCUUCAUCAUCACAGCGAGAGGAUCGCUCUAGCAUUUGCACUAAUUAGCAUUCCAGCCGGAAAGCCAAUCAUUGUGAAGAAAAACAUAAGGGUGUGUGUGGAUUGCCAUUCUGCAUUUAAGUGCAUUUCCAAGGUGGUUGGGAGAAAGAUUGUUCUCAGGGAUAACAGCAGAUUUCACCAUUUUGCCGAUGGGUUUUGUUCCUGUGGAGAUUACUGGUAAUGUUGGCUUGAGAGCUUGUCAUGGCAAUGCCCAGAAUACGAGGUUGGUGGUCAUGUGAAGGAGUUUUGGGAAACUACGGAGCCUCUCUUAACUGAUUGCCGUACCAUUUGAACUGGAGGCCCCAUGCACAGAUGAUGAGCCACAGUUCUUGUUGGCAAUUGAUUUUUUGAUAAUUAGUCGUGGCAAUAAAUAGAAAUACAAAUGUAGAUUAGAUGGCCACCAUGCGUUCUUAAAAAAACACGAUUUAAAAAAAGAAAAAAGAUGACCACCAUGCAGUGAUGGGGGGCUAAAGCUUCAAAAUCAAAGGGAAAGUAAGGACACGAAUGACAAUCAGGUCGUAGUUUGGAUGACAAAGUUCCAAGUUCCUUUCCCACUCCACUCUAUCACUCUGAGUCUCUGACAAUAGAACAUGUACCUUUUUGGCGGAUUCAGAAAUGCGAGAUCUAUGCCUUGUUUAGUUAUGCAGUUUAGAUAAAAUGAUAUGAAAUGUUUUAUUGAAAUUGAAUAAAAUAUUGUUAGAAUAUAAUUUUUUAAUUUGAGAUUUGAAAAUAUUGAAUUGUUUAUUAUAUUUUGUUUAAGAGUUUGAGAAAUUUAUAAUGAUGAGAAGAGAUG